GCUGGUUAACGGCCGUGUGUGGAUAAAGUGAUAGGGCAGAGGAAAGAACGAGUGGCUUUACCUUCUCCACUCUGUCAAUUCUCUCUCUCUCUCUCUGAAUAAACAAGACCCUAAACCUAUACUGAAACCAUGUGCCCAGCCGCGCUUAGCCAUGGCCAACACACUCUCCAUCUCACUCUCUAGCUCUCUCAGACUCCACCUCUUGGUACCCAGUACAGGCAGACUCAGAACCAUGGCCAUGGCCACCCCCGCUACCGCCACCAAGGUUGUCCCGGCCGUGAUUGUUGGUGGCGGACGCGUAGGUAGGGCCUUCCAGGACAUGGGCAACGGUCAGGAUUUUCUAGUCAAGAGGGGCGAGUCCGUGCCGCUCGAUUUCGAAGGCCCCAUCUUGGUCUGCACCAGGAACGAUGAUCUUGAUGCCGUUCUUCAGGCCACUCCUCCCUCCAGAUGGAACGAUUUGAUAUUUGUCCAGAAUGGAAUGCUGGAGCCAUGGCUUCAAAGUAAAGGUCUGAGUGAUGCGGACCAAGUAUUAGCAUAUUUUGCCGUAUCAAAGCUUGGAGAAGCCCCUGUUGAUGGGAAGACUGAUACCAAUCCUGAAGGGCUGACAGCAGCAUAUGGGAAGUGGGCAUCGGCCGUAGCUGCAAGAUUACAUGCUGGAGGCCUCUCUUGCAAGGUUCUCAACAGGGAAGCAUUUCAAAAGCAGAUGUUAGAAAAGCUGAUAUGGAUAUCGGCAUUCAUGCUUGUGGGAGCUCGUCAUCCUGGGGCAACUGUAGGUGCUGUGGAGAAGGAAUACCGCUCAGAAGUGUCUAGUCUUAUUGCAGAACUUGCUACUGCAGCAGCGGCCGAAAAAGACUUGGUAUUUGAAGAAGCCAUGGAAGAUAGACUAUGUGCGUACUCCCGAGCAGUUUCCCACUUUCCUACAGCAGUUAAAGAGUUUAAAUGGAGGAAUGGUUGGUUCUACUCACUCUCGGAGAAGGCAAUAUCAGAAGGAAAACCUGAUCCAUGUCCACUGCAUACAUCAUGGCUCAAAGAAUUGAAAAUUGUCUAGAAAACGCAACUCUCACGAUGUGGCUUAAGAAUCUGUUGUAGUGCCAACUUCAUAAAGCACAAUUUACUUAAAUGAGCCUCCAACAGUAGUGGAAGGAUUGCUAUAUCAUGCUUACAGACACAGUGAUGUGUUCCCUUGUAAUGGUUGGUACGUUUUGUGGUACUUCUAAUAAACGGGGUGUUACUGCUA